AUGAAUUUCAAGAUGGAUUCUUCCGAUAAAGCCAAACUCUUCGUUGGUGGCAUUUCUCGAGACACUACCGAAGAUAUUCUCAAGCACUAUUUCGCUAAAUACGGCGACGUUUUGUAUUCCACCAUCUCUUUCGACCGCGCUACGCGAAUCCCUCGAGGUUUCGGCUUCGUUACGUUUUCUGAUAUCGGUUCAGCUGAAAAAGCCCUUCAAGAUACCCAUGCCAUUCUUGGAAGAAAGAUAGAGGUGAGAAAAGCUAUACCAAGAAGUGAACAGUUACAGCAAAAUCAAUUACAGAAUAGAGGAAGUGGCUAUGGUAAUUUUGAAUGUAACAGUGACCAGAUUAGGACUAAGAAGAUUUUUGUAGGAGGUUUACCUGCUAAUAUAUCUGUGGAGGAGUUUAAGAGAUAUUUUGAGGGGUUUGGUACGAUAACUGAUGUGGUGGUUAUGCAGGACAGUGUAACUCAUAGGCCGAGGGGGUUUGGGUUUAUCACUUUUGAGAAUGAGGAAUCUGUGCAGAAUGUUACCGUGAAAAGUUUUCAUGACUUGAAUGGGAGGUUGGUGGAGGUUAAGAGGGCUGUUCCGAGGGAGGGGAAUGUUGGUAAUGAUCGCUUUGGUGGGAAAAUAAGGUAUAAGAUUGAUAGAGGAGCCACUGAGAUGUUUCCUCAUUCUAGUCCGGGUAAUAUGGUUCCUGGAUUUUCUCCUUUACCUUGGUACCCUAGUGAUGUGGGAUAUGGGUAUGGAUCAAAUGCCUAUGGUUGUUGGUACCCUAUGGGUGGCUAUGGGGGGAACGGGAAUGGAUAUGUAGCUCCGUCUGAUGUUUAUCGUAACUUCUGGUAUGGGCAAAUGGUAACUGGUCAUCAGGCGCCGCCUUACGUUAAUGCUAUGCCGAGUGUUGCAUUUAUGGGUGGUUCUGUUGGAAUGGUAGGUAGUGGUGCUGAAACUUGGGGCUAUAAUGCUGUUAUUGAGUCCGCGACUAACUAUAAAUUUGGCCAACCGUUAAUCGCCAAUGGAUUUGUUCCAUAUAAUGUGCCAUUGCCUUAUGGUGUAAAGCAAGGUGUUGGCGCUUCAAGUUUUAAACAAAGCAAUGGUGAAAUUUCUAGCUGA